AAAGGCGUUUCUGCUCCCACCACCAAGCUUGACGGGAAAAAUCUCCGAAUUGCUAUUGUCCACACUCGCUGGAACCACACUCUCGUUCAGAAUUUGUACAAAUGUGUUCAUGACACCUUAAUCAACAAGUACAAUGUUCGUCCUGAGAACGUGUUCACCGACACUGUUUCCGGUGCAUACGAGCUUCCUAUGGCCGCCAAGCAACUUAUUGACCUUUCAAAGGCCCAGGCUUCCGAGACUGCCAGUGACUUGCUCGGCUCUCCUUCCCCUCAACAGCCCAAGCCCGGAAAGAAGACUGGUCCUUUUGAUGCUGUUAUUUGCAUUGGUCUGGUUAUCAAGGGCUCAACAGCUCAUUUUGAGUACAUUUGCGACGCUGUAACCCACGGUAUUAUGCGUGUACAACUCGACACUGGCGUACCUGUCAUGUUUGGUGUCUUGACCUGCUACAACGACGAGCAGGCUAUUGCCAGAUCAAGCACCGAGGAAGGUUUCCACCAUGCAGAGGAGUGGGCUGCUGCCGCUGUCGAAUCGGCU